AUUCGGCUGCUGCUCAGUUCAUCUCUGAGAUCGCUUUGGCGAUGUUGUCGUUGGCAUCACUGCUUUUCACCGGCAUUUGUCUGCUGCUCGCUCUGGUCAGCUGCUUUUGCUGGUCGCCGCUGUUGCGUUGGCUCCGCGCUCGUCGUCGCCUGGAGGAACUUGCUGCUUGUUAUCCCGGUCCCAAACUCUGGCCACUGCUGGGCAAUGCGCCCAUCUUCUUUGGCCUCGAGCCAGCCGAUGUUUGUCAGCUGAUCGCCGAUCUAGCUGACGAACAUGGCGACACCUUCUAUCUGCGUCUCGGCACCACUUUCAGCCUCCUCAUGUUCGAUCCCCGCGACGUCGAAGUCGUCCUCGGCAACACACAACUGCUGGACAAGGCCAUCGAAUACAAUUUCCUAAUGCGCUGGCUCAACGAAGGACUCCUCGUGAGUCGUGGUCGCAAGUGGCACAAGCGGAGGAAGAUCAUCACGCCUGCGUUUCACUUUCGCAUCCUCGAACAGUUUGUGGAGAUCUUUGAGCGGCAGUCGCGUCAGUUGAUCAAGUCUUUGCACGAGGCACGCGACAGCAAUGGACAGCAGCAGCUGAUCGAGUUGGGGCAUGCCUCGCAUCUCUGCACCCUGGACAUCAUCUGUGAAACUGCGAUGGGCGUCUCGAUCAAUGCACAGACGAACGUGGACUCGGAGUACGUGAGGGCAGUGAAGACGAUCUCGAUGGUGCUGCACAAGCGGAUGUUCAACAUCUUCUAUCGCUUCGAGCUGACCUACAGACUGACGCCUCUGGCUCAGGCCGAGAAGCGAGCGCUCAAUGUGCUGCACAAUUUCACCGAGAAGAUCAUUGUGCAGCGUCGUGAGGAGCUGAUGCGUGGCACAGCCACAGCUGCCACGAAACAGAGCGAGGAGGAUGUGGCGGUCGGGGCGAAGCGUAAGAUGGCAUUCUUGGACAUACUGCUGCAGUCGCAUAUCGAUGACAAGCCGCUGACCAAUCUCGAUAUACGCGAGGAGGUCGAUACGUUUAUGUUUGAGGGUCACGACACCACAUCCUCGGCCCUGAUGUUCUUCUUCUACAACAUUGCCACGCAUCCCGAAUGCCAGCGGAAAUGUGUCGAGGAAAUUGUCUCGGUGCUGGGCAGGAACAAAGAGACGCCGGUCACAUAUGAGCUGCUCAAUAAGCUGCACUACAUCGAUCUGUGCAUCAAGGAGACCCUCCGCAUGUAUCCCUCAGUGCCGCUGCUCGGUCGCAAGGUGCUCGAGGAGUGUGAGAUCAAUGGCAAAAUCAUUCCCGCCGGCACCAACAUUGGCAUCUCGCCGCUCUAUUUGGGUCGUCGCGAGGAGCUCUUCAGUGAGCCGAACAGCUUCAAGCCGGAGCGUUUCGAUGUCGUCACCAGUGCCGAGAAACUCAAUCCCUAUGCCUACAUUCCAUUCUCGGCCGGACCCCGCAAUUGCAUUGGGCAAAAGUUCGCGGUGCUUGAGAUCAAGGCCAUUGUUGCCAAUGUGCUGCGACACUUUGAGAUCGACUUUGUCGGCGACACGUCGGAGCCCCCGGUUCUCAUUGCCGAGCUCAUUUUGCGCACCAAGGAUCCGCUCAUGUUCAAGCUGAAGGAGCGGUCGCUUUAAUUCCACAUUGCGAUGAUUCGCAACUGCCAAAAUCCUUCAAGUCAUACAUUUAAUAUAUAACUUUUCCAAUUUACACUUGUAUAUACAU